UUUAUUGCACUGCUUGCAUCAAUUCAAUUCAGAGAGUAUAGGAAUAAAGAAGAGAUUUCUUGAUGACAACAAAUUGUAACAAAUUGAUAGAAAAAGUGACGAAGCUGAAACCGUUAGACGAGCAUUUAGACGUCGAUAUAAUCGUUUUCUAGUCUAAGUUCUCAAUCGUUUCAAGAGUAAUAGCGUUUAGUAAACAUGGCCAAGCAUCAUCCGGAUUUAAUCUUCUGUCGCAAGCAACCGGGAGUCGCCAUCGGUCGAUUGUGCGAAAAAUGCGACGGCAAAUGCGUCAUUUGUGACUCUUACGUGAGGCCGUGCACCUUGGUUAGAAUAUGCGAUGAGUGCAAUUAUGGUUCUUAUCAGGGACGUUGCGUGAUAUGCGGUGGUCCCGGUGUGUCGGAUGCGUAUUAUUGUAAAGAAUGCACGAUACAGGAAAAAGAUAGAGACGGAUGUCCCAAGAUAGUCAACUUAGGAAGUUCAAAGACAGAUCUGUUCUAUGAGAGGAAGAAAUAUGGAUUCAAAAGAAGAUAAUUACACUUUUUCUAUAUAGA